AUGCCCGACCUCGUCACGACAGCCUCCGUGGGCGUUGCGCUAGCAGUCGCGUACCUCUACCACCGGUACUGCCGCAACGAGCCGUUCGUACCGGGUCUCGCCUUCCCGCAGAACCUCCACGCGCCGUUGCUUGGCGUCGCCAAGCACAUGGGCAAGCUCGAGGCAAGUGCCCGGGUCUUUGUUGACGCGGCCAGCUCCGAUGGCAUGGUCUCAUUCCGACUCAUAAGCAUGCGCGUGGUCGCUGUCACCAAGGCUGAGCCCUACCGCAAGCCCAUGCCGCUCAUCGAAAAGCACAUUCGCGAGCACCUCGGGUACAACUCGUUGCCGGUGCUGAUGCACGACGAGUGGAAAGUGCAUCGCCGCAUCUUGGCGCGAGCAUUCCAUUGGGAGUACCUCGCCGCGAUGGUUCCGGCCAUGGCCAAGGUCGCGGCCGAGGCGGCGAGCGUGCUUCUCGCUGCGUCGAGCGCCGACGUCUACCGCGUACUGCAGCUCUCGGCGCUCGACACGAUUGCGCUUACAGGCUUCGGCUUCAACAGGCCUUUGAGUUUCUGCUCGGCCCUCGAUUUCAAACCCGAGCGACACCUCACCGACCACAUGGAUGGCGACGUGCGCGCGAAAGACCGAGCGUAUCGGUUCAUGAGCUUCUCGGGCGGUCCGCGCAACUGCGUCGGCAUGCGCUUCGCCGUCCUCGAAGCCACUUGCAUGCUCGUCGCUGUCCUUCAGAAAUGCGUGCUCUCGCGUUCGGAGGACGCGCCGCCGUUGCAGCCAAAGGCGCGUGGGAUCGUGCGAAAGCCCGAGCUUGGCGUCUGGUUGCAGAUGUCGCCUCGCUCGAGUCCGCCGCCGGCGUAG